AUGUGGAAACAAAGCAAUCCAGAGUUACCCCGUCAUCUACUUUUACAGUACGUGGAUGAUAUACUGAUCGCCACCGAGGACAGAGCAACCUGCAUAAAGGAAGAAGGACAACUGGAACAUGACUGUUUAACUACUGUUGAACAGGUGUAUUCCAGCCGACAGGACCUGAAGGACACACCAUUGGAGAAUCCUGACUGGGAACUCUACACAGAUGGUAGCAGCUUUGUGGAGAAUGGAAUUCGCUACGCUGGAUAUGCGGCAAAACGAAGGCUGGAGCUAGGAGAAAGUGGCCACCAGUAUCUGGCUGAAGGACUAAAGACCCCAAAGGGGAAAGGAAGAGCUAUGACAAGAAGUCCAGAUAGUCCAAAAACUCCAAAAUCUCCUUCAGAAAAGACUCGGUAUGAUACAUCACUUGGCCUUCUAACUAAGAAGUUCAUUCAGUUGUUGAGCCAAUCUCCUGAUGGGGUCUUAGAUUUGAACAGAGCAGCAGAGGUCCUCAAGGUGCAAAAAAGGACGAUUUACGGUAUCACCAAUGUACUGGAAGGCAUCCAUCUCAUUAAGAAAAAAUCCAAAACCAACAUUCAAUGGAUGGGCUGCAGUCUGUCUGAGGAUGGUGGCAUGCUGGCACAGCAUCAAGGCCUCACGAAGGAAGUGACCGAACUGACUCAGGAAGAGAAGAAACUGGAUGAGUUGAUCCAAAGCUGCACCCUGGACCUCAAGCUGCUAACAGAGGACUCAGAGUAUCAGAGAUAUCCUUUUUUGCAAAACAUCAGAGGUGGUCAGUCUUGCUGUGCUCUGUAA